CUGCCCGUUACUAGAAAUGACGGAAGUGAGGAGGGAAACAGUGCCAAAGUUUGUGUUCCCAAAAGUAACAGAGUUGACAUUCUCACACCUGCCCAACUUGAAGAGCAUCUAUUCCGGGAAGCAUGUUUCACAGUGGCCUUCACUCCAAGAGCUGGAAGUGGAUGAAUGUGGUGAAGUAGAGAUUGUAGCUGGGGAGCUUUCACUUUGUCGAGAAAACCAAGAGUCUGACUCUCAGUCUAUUCAGAUUAAACAACCUCUCAUUUUAUUUGAAAAGCAGUGUUUCCUUACUUGGAAGCUUUGGAAUUGGGGGCCAUAGAGAUGUGGAGUGGCCCAGUACUACCCCAGCACAAUUUUGUCCCAAACUCAAAUCGGUUGGAAUUGUCGGCGCAACCUUAUCCAAGUACGCUAAUUUCCUUCAGAAAUUACACAAUCUUGAAACAAUAACUGUGAAGGACAGUGAAAACGAAG